GACUUCGGCUGCACGCUCUCGCUGUCUUUGUUUCGUAUCACGUUCGACGAGACGACCUGUCAAAGAUUCGCUUUCCAGGCCCUGGUUUGUCUCGUUACAGGUAACGUGGAUAAUACAUUCUCGCGGCUUCUUUCACCGCGCUGCAUUUUUCAGAGACCGGCUGGGAUUGGAGUGGAAGACAGUGGGCCGAUCUUCGUCGGGGAGCAUUGGCAUAUUUUCGAGGCAGUGCCAACGGAGUAGUGCGAAUUUGUUGUGGUACCUGUGGCGGCGUGACAACACGAAGAAGUGAGGUCUAUAUAUGAAUCACCAUGACGGGCGGAAGCGCUACCGAGAAGUCGGCCAGUAAUCCCCUGGAGCAGUUCGUGCUGCUGGCAAAGACUGCGAAAGGCGCCGCCGCCAUAGAACUCAUACGGCAAGCGGUCGAGACGCCCGGCGUCCACGUGUUCGGCGAGCUCCUGGACAUGCCGAACAUCAAGGAGCUGGAGAACGGACCCUACGUACAGUACUGGAACACUCUGAACCUGUUCGCGUACGGCACCUACAAGGACUACCUCGAGAACAAGGACAAAGUGCUAGAACUGACGCCAACGCAGAAGAAGAAGCUCCAGCAUCUCACCAUCGUCACGCUCGCUACGAAGAACAAAUGCAUACCGUACUCGGUGUUGCUGGAGGAGCUGGACAUAAAGAACGUCCGGGACCUGGAGGACCUGAUCAUCGAAGCGAUAUACGCCGACAUCAUUCACGGCAAGCUGGAUCAGAAGAACUCGCAGCUGGAGGUGGACUACGCCGGUCUAGGGCGGGACGUUCGGCCGGGCGACACCGGCGCGGUGGUGGAGACGUUGGCUGCCUGGGGCGAGGCGUGCGACACGGUUCUCUCGUGCAUCGAGCAGCAGAUAUCCAAAGCCAACAUCGAGAAGCAAAGGGCGACCUAUCACAAGGACAGGGUACAGAGAGACAUCACCAACAUAAAGAAAUCGCUCGCGGCCCAGGCGGGUGGCGCCGGCAUUCAAGAAGCCGACGUGGCCGGCGGCAGCUCGAGCGCGGGCGGGAGCGAGUCGGGCAGGGAGGCCAUGCCGGCGCUGUCGGAAAAGAAGAAGCUACAGAAGGUCAAGUGUAUCAAAGUCACCGGAUCUGCUACUGAUCCGCUAAUGGUCGAUGGGACGAGUUGGGAAUAGCCGAGAAGGUGAAUUAGGCGAUACCUUGCGGCGUACCAAGUCGUUCGGAUACACACACUGUCUCUCUCUCUAUCUCUCUGCGAUUCUGACGUUGGGGCGCAUCGUAUCUCCUGUGUAACUUUUUGUAGCUUUGGACAAAAAUAAACAGCAUCCCUGAACUGUCUUAUAUUUAUUGUAAGUCGCGCACUCCGUGUGCGCGUGCAGCGAAAUAAAACGUGAAAUAAAACGGAUAAUCUAUGACCCCA